GCCGAUAUGGCUCAUUGUCACAUUGUAUUAUUUUCCCCGUCAGAUUAGUUUAUACAAUCUUCGUAGGUGUUUGGGUUAUUUUAAUUUCAGCAUCUCGACGAACAUUUAUAUUUUUUCUUUUUUAUUUCGGUUAAGAAUCACUCGAUCCUCUUCUUAUCGAGUCUUCCUCAGAUAGAAUUUAGAAUAAAAAAUAUUUAUUUGUGAAAAUGGCAUCUCCGUGGGCUAAAAUACAGACGAGCAAUGAAAAUGUCAGUUUUGAAGAAAUUGAAGCUGAAGAAUUGGUCAAAAGUCAGCAGGAAAGGGAAUUCAAGAAAUAUGCAAAACCACAGCCAGAACAAGAAAUUUCAGCAGCUUGUGAAGAUUGUCCUUUAGAUGGUACUGACAGCGAUGCUGUGAUUGCACAAUUACUUCAAAAUCAGUACAAUCGAGAAUACGAUUUAAUGUUAAAGAAAACGGAGGAAAAAUUCAAUGGAGCUUCAAAAGUUAACAUAUCGUACUCGAAUUACCGAGCUGGACCGACCGUGGAACUUGAAGAGAAAGAAACAAACAACGACGAAGAAAAAGAUUUGGACAGAUUUGUUAGUGUUGAAAAGGAAUAUGCUGACAUAAAGCGUUGUGGUUAUAAAAAAAUGGGAGAAGGUUCAGAAAUCGUAACAAAGCAUGAUAUGCUUAUGUCGUCAAGAAUAAAUGCUUGCAGAGUUUUGGAAUUUCCCCCUGGUAUACAAACGGGAGAUACGGGAGGUUUCGACGCCAAACUGAACAACAAAGUGUUCAAUACUCUGAGAGCUCACAGUCACGCUCAUUGUGCUCGUGAAAAAGCCAAAGCAAGACCUCACACUAAAUAACGUGAUUCUUCACCUUUGAAGGAAUGUUCUUGUGGAUAACAAACUCACAUUGAGAUACAAAAAAAUAAUAUAUUAUAUAUUCGAGUUGCAACUGUAACUGCCAACAUACAAAUGUUCUCAUUGCAAUUGUAGUGGAGAAAAAAAAAGAAAAAUCAAAUGUCGCAGAAAAACAAAAUAAAAACUAUGAUCAUCAUCA